AUGGAAUAUUUGAGUAGGAUGCUUAAUGAAAUGAAAGGAAGUAAAGGUUUCAAAUAUCACCCUAAGUGUUCUAAGCUAGCAAUAACUCACUUGUCAUUUGCAGAUGAUCUGUUGCUGUUUUCAAGAGGGGAUAUGGAAUCUGUGGACACUAUUAGAAAAUGCUUCAGGGAGUUCACUGAAUCCUCAGGUCUUCAAGCCAACAAAGAUAAGAGUUCCAUUUAUUUUAGAGGGGUUACUAAAGAGAUACAUAAGCAAAUUCUGCAGAUGCUAGGAUUUACUAAAGGAGAACUACCAUUCAGAUAUUUAGGGAUACCUUUAGCUACAAAGAAAAUAUCCCUAAUUCAGUGGCAACCUUUGAUCAACAAGAUGGUGUCUAGAAUUACUGCUUGGAUUGCCAGGAAACUAUCAUAUGCAGGAAGGGCACAGCUAAUCCAAACAGUUUUAUUUGGUAUUCAGGCCUAUUGGUCACAAAUAUUUGCUAUCCCCUCCAAGGUAUUAAAUGCAAUUGAAGCUUACUGUCGAAGAUAUCUAUGGUCUGGUACCAACACAAUUACAAGGAAAGCUCUGAUAGCAUGGAAGAAAGUAUGCACUCCAAAAUCUAUGAGUGGAUUGGGAUUGAUAAAUAUGAGAUUGUGGAAUAAGGCAGCUAUGAUUAAAGCUAACUGGGACAUUGAACAUAAGGUGGAUAGAAUGUGGAUCAGAUGGAUACACUGUUACUAUGUUAAGAAUCAACAGUUUGAUCAAAUGGUCAUACCAAUGCAUGCAGGAUGGAUGGUGAGGAGAACUUUCGAAGCAGGAAGAUCUAUGACACUGGUGCAACACAACAACAACAACAAAAGCUUAAUNGGACUCCACUUAAGCACCGGCCGCUCUGCGGAUCCAAAUUCCCCACCAGCGAAACCGUUCUUGCAGUCCACCCUUCCGCUUCUGCGGAAACUGCCUCAAGACCCAAAACCGCUUCUGCGGCUUCCUCCUGCGCUUCUGCGAAACCGCACCUGCGGUCCCAUAACCGCAGGUGCGAAAAUACCAGAACCUUGUGCUUUCAAAAGCCAGAUAUCUAAACUCGCCGAGCUCAUGCAGUUCAGUGAAUCUCGUUGUGCUCGCAGCCUCAAUGUCUAG